AACGACAACAUCAAUAACAAUAAUAAUCUUGGUGUGUCAUUACCGGUUGAUCAGCUGCCUCAGUCAGUCAAGCAAACCAAAGUAGAACGUAACCGAAAGAAGUCACAACAGCAAUCGCAAUCAACAGCUAGCGUGUGUCAUUGUUGUUCUACAAGUUAUCCAACAAGUUAUGCGCCCUCGACUGAGAUGAGCCCCGACAUGAAUGCUUCUCCUCCAGUGACUGUUAUGCCAGUUAAUCAGCUAUUGGCCUACCUCAGCGGUGUAAUGUGUCCGCCAGCAGCAGCAACUACGCCGCCUCCGUAUCCUCCUCAAAAUCUGCCACCAGCUCCAUCUUGCUGUCAUAUUCAAGUACACAGUUUGCAGCCUAUGCAACAGCAACAGCAGCAACAACAACAACAACCACCUCCAACAUUUGCUGCUCAGCCGCCAGCAUUGAUGCGCUUCGAGUUACCCUGCAUGCUCACGGGAUUCACAUCGGGUCAAUUGCAUCCCGAGCAGCCGCAGCCACCGUUCGCCCUGCAGCUCUUGCCAUUGCCAUAUGCCGGAUCCAUGCCCUCCAUGCCUUCCAUUCCUCCAUUACCAAUUCCAGCUGAAAGUUUGCCUACGCAGUCGAAGCCAACGAAACUUUCUACAUAGACGCAGUCUACAGAAACUUGUGUCCCUCCCCCUGCAACACCACCCCUUACACCACCACCCCUUACACCACCAACACCUUCAACAGCAUCAUCGCCAACACCUUCGUUACCAUGUUCGAAUCUGGGAGAUGGGCCCAAAAAACCUAUUUUAAUCAGUAGGAAAGCGGGUCCACAACGCAACAAUAUUGAUGCACAACACUCCUACGGCCGUAGGCCAUCAUUUCCGCUGGGAAAUGGCAAUGGAAAUGGCUGUAGAAAUGGUAAUAGAAUCAGUAAUACAAAUGGUAAUGGCAAUAGCUGCAUGAACCCACCUUGGUAUUGCUCGCACUGUUCCUAUUGCUGCUAUCAUCCCUGUGAUCAUCAUCAGCGAUCGUAGGCGUAUCGAAAUUAAACCAUAGUACUAAAUCAAUGAUGAAUAAAUAAAUAAAACAUUUGAAUUAUGUUUA